AGCAAUAAAUGAUAUAUUACUACCAAUAUGGAUCAAGAUGUCUAAUGAAUUUGAGUGUAUGAUGUCUGCUCAAGUGUAUGAGGAACGUACACACAUCCCACAACUCAUCGGGGCUAUUGAUGGGACACACAUUCCUGUGUUACCACCUGCAGAUGGAUAUAAAGAUUUUAUAAAUCGGAAGGGAUGGCCAUCAAUAAUAUUGCAAGGUGUAGUUGAUCAUACACUGAGAUUCAAAAAUAUUAAUUGCCGUGCCCCUGGAUCAGCACAUGAUGCAGCAGUCUUCAAAGAAUCAAAUUUCUUUACAUACUACAAACAUUUAAUACCACAGAAAACAGUGACAUUAAAUAACGUUGAAAUACCCUUUAUGAUAAUGGGAGACCCAGCAUAUCCUUUGCUUCCAUGGCUGCUGAAAGGAUAUACCAGAUGUAGACGUCUAACUCCGGAAGAAGAAUCAUUUAAUGUUUAUUUAAACACUGGGCGUGUGGAUAUAGAAUUAGCAUUUGGACGUUUAAAAGCGCGGUGGCGUCGUAUUUUAAAAAGGAUUGAUACCCACUUCACCUUUGCGCCCCAAGUCGUAGCUGCCUGCUGUAUACUUCAUAAUAUUCACAAAUAAGCAUUCAAAUGUGCAUGGAUAAGAGACAUUGGUGAAUUUGAUGUACUUUUUCCACAACCAGAAGGAACAAUGUCACAUGAAUAUGAUGAUUUGAAUGCAUCAAAUAUUAGAAACACACUCAUGAAUCAUUUAUCUCAAUUUCCCCUACGGAGAUCAUUCCGUUAAUGUAACAGGAUUAGUUUUCUGCAAAGAGCAUGAACUGCGCAUCCGUAUCAAAA